GUCCAGGAGUUCGAGGUUACAAUGAGCUAUCAGCAUGCCACUGCGCUCCAGCCUGAGUGACAGAGCCAGAGACUGUCUCUGAAAAGGAGAAGAAAAGAUCGAGAAAGACAGAUGCAGGAACUGAAGUUGUUUUCCGUAGGAAAGAGGAAAGACGCUGGGGUGGGAGAGGAGGAAGUGAGGAGCUAACUUCAAAAACUCUCAUCCAGAAGUUCGUAGAGUGUCUUACACUUAACUGAUAAACGUCUGAAGUUUCCUGCACUUGAAUGAUUGUUGUCUCUUCCUGUAGGAGAGGAUUUGGAUUUAUUCUCCUGGGGAACAAACGACAGAAUCAAAGGCUAAAAGCCUGGCAGAAACACAUUUCUGCUCAAUACAGAGAAUUUAAAAGGAGCCGCACGCACUGUCUCAGGCGGUGGUGAGCCUGUUUCAAACAGAGGCAGGCUGCUCCCUGGGGAACCAGCCCCUAGGGACUAGACGCCCAGAUCCGGGAUCGCCGGACGGGGGCGGAGGCGGGGACAGGGAGCUGAGUGUACGAGCGCCAGGGGUUCCAGCUGCUCAUCCCAGGCUCUCCAGGGCGCGGCGGGCCGGGCCCGGGCGGGGAGAGCUGCAGGGAGAACGCCCGUGGCUGGGCCGGGAAGUGCGGGUGCGGAGCGGGACUAGCAGGCAGCAUGUUCUCUGCGGUCGGGAGCCUACUGCGCCUCGGCCGCGGGGUAACAGUCCGCUGCGCCCCCGGGACGCCUGUCGAGGCCACGCGGCGACCCGCACCUGCUCUUCCGCCCUGGGGUCUCGCCUGUUACUCCAGCGGCGCGCCCCCCAGCAAUUCUGCGCCCAAAGGUCGCGGGGAGGUUCACGGAGUCCCUGCGCAGCACAAGCCUUCGCAAUUCGACAAGAAAAUCCUGGUGUGGACCGGGCGUUUCAGAUCGAUGGAGGAGAUCCCGCCUCGGGUCCCGCCAGAAAUGAUAGACACUGCAAGAAACAAAGCUCGAGUGAAAGUUUGUUACAUAAUGAUUGGACUCACAAUUAUCGCCUGCUUUGCUGUGAUAGCGUCAGCCAAAAGGGCUGUAGAACGACAUGAAUCCUUAGCAAGUUUGAACUUGGCAAAGAAGGCUAAGUUGCGUGAAGAAGCUGCAUUGGCUGCACAGGCUAAAGCAAAAUGAUAUUCUAAUCAACAAGGCAUUCACCUGAAUACCAUCCCCAUCAUCAGCAACAUUAGAAGAUGAGAAAAAUAGAAUAUUUACCAAAAUACCUGCCAUGGUUUUAUUUUGCUAACAAGAAGUGCAACGUCUUUUUUAUUUUUAUUUUUUAGUAAACUUUUACUAAAGAAUACCAUAUAUUCAAAAAGUGGGAAAAGGUGUAUACAGCCUGAUAGAUACUUAUGUUGUAAACACCUGUGUACCACUGCCAAAUGAAGAUGCAGAAUAACAGCAACACCUCAGAGCCUCAACACUGCCCUUUCUCAGCCAUUACCUCCCAAAGAGCAAUUUUUCUGAGUUUCAUCACCUUUGAUUCAUUUUGCUUGUUUUUGAACUUUACAUAAACAGAUUUAUACAGUA